CUUCUGUCGUCACUUCCGUAAGCGCCACAAAUGUCUCGAACAGACCAGGGUGCUUCCUUUUCCAUUUUAAAUGGGAAGGAAGAGAAGCCCUCUCUCCAUUUGGGCGGGGACAAUCUCAUAGAGCCAUAGUGUGUGUCGGUGACGGCAAGCGUGCGUUCUCAACGAACACCGGCUUCGUAUAUCGCAAUGGUCCGUACUGGCAAAAAUGGUGGGCUCCAUCUGAAACAGAUAUCUUAUUACAAACAAACAGGUGGAUAUCAUCCUACAACAUUAGCAAGUGAAAGGAGUGGAAUAAGAAGGGCAGCCAAAAAGUUUCUUUUCAAAGAUAAUAAUCUGUUCUAUGUGGGAAAAGACAAGAGGCAAAUGCGUCUAGUAAUUCUUUCUGAUGAAGAAAAAAGGAAAGUGUUAGAAAAGUGCCAUGAAAAUCAUUCAGGUGCACAUCAUGGCAUCUCAAGGACACUAACCCUGGUGGAAUCUCGAUAUUAUUGGACAUCAGUAACCAGCGAUGUCAAACAGUGGGUAUACGCGUGCCAGCACUGCCAGGUAGCAAAAAAUACAGCUGCCAUAACUUCAAAAUUCCAUUCUAUUAAGGCAGAAGACCCAUGGACUGUAGUUACUGUAGACCUAAUGGGGCCUUUUGAUGCCACCAGCAGAAACAAUGUGUAUGUCAUCCUCCUGACAGAUGUCUUCACUAAGUGGGUUGUGAUUUUGCCACUGUGUGACCUUUCAGCAGCUGAAGUGGCUAAGGCAAUUGUCAAUGCAUCAUUCUGUUACGGACCACCUCAAAAAAUAACUAUAGAUCAGGAAGAAGAGUUUGUUCAUCAGAUAAAUGGUGAGCUGUUCAAACUGUUUGGGACAAAGGAAUUAAUAAUACCAUAUCUUCAAACUGAUCAUGAAAAUGAAACUGGCAAGACAAUCAGAUCUUUCCUUCUCAAAUACUGUACAGAGCACACCAAAGACUGGGAUGACCAUUUACAAGCUAUUUCAUAUGCAUUCAACUUGAUCCAUUCAGAAAGUAGCCAGAACACACCAUAUUUCCAAAUGUUUAAACGAAAUCCUUAUAACCAUUCAAGUGUGAUUCAAGAAGGGGAGAGUGACUGCUUAUUCACGAGAAUUGUAACUGCUAUUAAACAAGCAGGGAAAGCUGCACAAGAAAGGACAAUUUUAAGUUGCCAGGAUACGAAGAAAAUGCCUGUGGAACAGCAGAGUAGGAACAAGGGUCAACCUAGGAAGAAGCCAAAGCAAUUGAAUCCAUUUCUCCUUAAAGUUGGACAUGAAGUUCUUAGACAAAGGAAAAAUUGGUGGAAAGAUGGUUGUUUCCGGUCCGAAUGGGUUGGUCCUUGUAUUAUAGACUACAUCACUGAUAAUGACUGUGCAAUAUUAAGAGAUGCUGCAGGCUCAAGACUGAAAAGGCCCAUCAAAAUAUCUCAUCUUAAGCCAUAUAUAAGAGGAUUACAAGAACAAGAUAGCAGCUACAUUUGGCAAAGUGCCAUUGUAGUUGAUCAUGAUUAUGUCGGUUCAUCUGAAACAUCCACAGAGCAGAGCUCAGAAGACAUAUUUUCUGAAAAAGGGCCAUCUGCUUCUCUCCUUGAUGAUAGCCUAUUGGGGAAGGACUGUGUAUUCUCUGAAUGUAAAAAGAGUGCAGAGCCAGAAUUUAUAGACCCAGACUCCACUGACUCAAUUACUAAGAAUCCAAAACAGUGGUCUGCAGCUUUCUGGACUCUUGAAAAUAAGACAGAGGCGACUUGAAUCAAAUACAGUAAGGCUCCAUUGGAAAAAGUGGUACUGAACUUGUCAAAGGUCUAUAAAGGAUUCUCCCAACUUUUAUUUCCUGUACCCAGAAUUAACCAUUGGAGUCUUUUAGGUUCAGCUAGAUGACGUCUCCUAAAAGCUGUAUUCACAUGUUGUAUGAAACCAUUGUUUAGCACUAUGUGCACAAAUAGCUGCAAGCCUUGGGUUCAUGCACUCCCCCUUUCCUGCUCUGGUACAGCCACGGAGGAGGGGAUUGGAAGCUUUUGCUUGUUGGUCAGCUAACCAUGGUUUCUUCUUUUAUAUCCAAACCUGGAUCAGCUGGUUAAAUGUUAACUAUGGUUAAGGGAAAUAAGCCAACUUCAAAAGGUUUAAUUAUUCUAGCUCAGUGGAAGCUUUUGCUUCCAUUUUCAAAUCUUAUUGUGACUAUACUAAAGGGAGGGGAGGGGAAUGAAAGGCGUGUAUGAGACAGAGGCAUGUGCAUAUACUGUAACACUAAACUGACUAUUGCUUAGCAUUGCGUAUGAACUAGUCCACCAUGGUGGUAUAAUUACUGAAUAUUUUACAAUAGUACAUAUCUGUAUAUCCCUUUCACCAUGAGCCCAAAGAAGCUAUGUUGCAAUAAUACUUUCUGUAGAAUUAGUGUGACAUUUAAGUGGCAUUGAUUCUGGUCAAUUCUCAUCAGUAUUAUGUCUUAAUCAUAAGCACAGCAUCCUACUGUGCAUAUUUCAUGCAAAUCCACUAGAACUGAUUGCUUAGCAACAGAACAUGCUUGCAUAUUAGAGGGCCCUAGCACUUCCAAUCAAAAAUAAAGAAUCUUAGGAAGCUGGAAAAGACGUCUGCCUGACCUCUUGGAGGACCAUGCACAACAGCUGCAGAUAAGCUUCGUUCAGUAUUUUGAGAACCCUGAAACUCAACAGGCCAUUAAGGCCUUGACCUGUUUUGCGUUCACUUGUCUACUCAGAAGUAGGUCUUAAUUAUGUUCAAUGAGGCUUACUCCCAGGUAAGUGGAUAUAGAAUUGCACUGUUACAAGUUCUUUUUUCUUCUCUUAACUUUCUGUUUGUAUGUUAGAGCCACACACAGAAAAUUACCUGAGGUGUUUUUCCCCCUCAUAGGCCUAUGUCUUAAGGGCAAGUUUAGCAAGUGUUCUAACUGUGGAAAAAAUGGUUAAGGAAAAUCAAAUAGAAUAUGGUGAGGCAUUAUGUAAACAAAAAUAAAACAUAAAACUAA